AUGCAUGAAUCGACAUAUCGUCUAGCUAUUGUAAUACGCGUUCUUAUUGCUCUUUUUACAAGGACUUUCUUUCAACCAGAUGAAUAUUUUCAAUCUCUUGAACCGGCACACAACCUUGUUUUUGGCUACGGGCACCUAACAUGGGAAUGGACGGUACUUCGGCCCAUUAGAAGCUUUAUCUACCCCGCUAUCAACGUUCCUGUCUACUGGUUGUUAAAAGUCAGCGGUCUUGUCGAGGCGAGACUUGUAGGGGAUUAUUUUUUGAUUUUGUGUCCAAAGGUUCUCCACGGCUCCUUAGCAGCAUGUACUGACAUCUACAUCGGAGAUAUUGCCCGUCGUACGCUAGGUAGCGACUAUGAGACUACAGCUCGAUUUGUAUCGCUGACCUCCUUCUUUCAUGCGAUGGCAUUGUCACGAUCACUGUCAAAUUCUUUGGAGACUUCACUAUCAACAAUAGCUUUUGCUUACUAUCCUUGGGACGCCAACGCAAAACUGAAUUUUGAAUAUAUUCGCAUUAGAUCGAAUUUGAGAAAAAUGAUUCUCUUCAGUGCUUUUGCGUGUAUGAUACGUCCCACCAAUGCUGUGAUCUGGGUAUUCCUCUUUCUCAACCUAUUCUGGGCAAUUCGUAAGCACAGGCGGAUUGCCAUUGCCAUUGCAGAAGACGCAGCUAUAAUUGGAACAAUUGCCCUAAUGACUUUAUUCAUUUCGGAUUUUUUGUAUUACGGUACACCCACUUUUACACCGUACAAUUUUCUCAAAACCAAUCUGUCGUCUGUGUCCUUGUUCUACGGAGGAAACCCAUGGCACUUUUACUUAACUCAAGCCUUGCCUAUUAUUGGCACUACAACCCUUCCCUUUACGACUCACGGUAUUUGGAGCACGUUCAGUUCUACGACAUCUCGUGACUAUUCUGCGAAAACUAUGUUUCGUGCAAUUACCUGGACCAUCUUGAUAUAUUCAUUCGCAGGACACAAGGAAUGGCGUUUCAUACACCCUAUCCUACCACUGUUACAUGUCUUUGCUGCAAAGUCGCUUGUUGACCUCUCCACCGACACCCGUAUGUCUAGGAAGAAAAAAACAACACAUUGGAAGUCUUUCAUUUACCGACAAUUCAAAUUACCGAAUAUACAUAAAAGAUAUAUUGCAUUUCUUCUUUUAACACUUCCACUUUCACUAUACGUCAUGCUUUUUUAUUGCAGUGGCCCUAUAGAGGUCAUGCACUACAUUCGCCAACUACCGCGACACGACCUUAAUCAGACUACUAUUGGCUUUUUGGUGCCAUGUCAUUCAACACCAGGCCAGUCUCACUUGCAUCGACGGGAUCUGGCUGGAGAAAGAAUGUGGCAACUUGGCUGCGAACCUCCGUUACAGCACCAAAAUCUGGCUACAUACAAGGACCAAACAGAUGUCUUUUUUGACAAUCCUAAGGAAUAUCUGCUGACAUAUUUUCCAAGUCAAGUUGAUCCAUCGUUCCCAUUGUCACCAUUCCCUUCAUCUAUACCCGGACAACCUGCAUCACUUCCUUACUUUUCACAGAGAUUCAACAAGUCAAUAUAUCCUUGGAAACAUGAAUGGCCGCAAUACUUGAUUUUAUUUGGAGAUUUGUUGCAGCAAGAUGGUGUCCAAGUCCUGUUAGAAGGUCAGGGGUACGGAGAAGUUUGGAAGGCUGGUCGUGAAUGGGAGGGGGAGGGGAAACGGAAGGGAGCAGUGAGAGUGUGGAAAUGGGCAUCACCUCCGCAAACAAAUUAA